CUUGGUCAAACAGGGGAGAGUUAUGACCGGACAAGGCGAGGAGUAUCUCAUGGAGCAUGCUGGCGGUUGUGAAUUGCUAGAUUUUUUAAAGUAUUAGUGAACUGCAAUUGCGUCUGUCUGUGAGUCUCUGUGUCUGUCUUGAGUGGAUUCAAUCCAACCUAGCGGCGCGAUCCUCCUCACUCUUGCCAACUCGACGACGUAACAACAGAAUGCAGCCCAGUAAUUCGAACCGACACAUCGCCUGGAGCCAACUCCAUUCAUUCUUCGGGGAAUAAAAUGUCUUUCAUGUUUGGGCGGUUGAAUUGCGCGUUCACAGAGAUUCCUCUAUCCACUGUUUCCACAAACGGAGAAUUGGCAGCCCAAGGACGAACCACGGAUGAGUCAGCAACCCUCCACUUUGCCCCAACUCACUAAGAUUUCAGCCUUACCAUUCGAGCGCCGACGACGACCCGAAGCAACCAACCGCCGCCGCAGACCAACCGCAGACCAACCGCAGCUGAAAAAGGGCUUGCAGACGGAAGUAGUCAAGCCAGCAACCAGGAUCAGUACAGUACAGUACUGCGUCAGCCCCCGGAAGCGCCCUUAUCUUCCUGCGCUAGUUUUAUCGCACGACGACGGGGUUCAAGCCUUGGUGGUGGGGGGGAGAACUGGGAGGGGGAGGAGACCUGGUGGUUAAAUAUUUUCACGAAGCCAGUUUUCUGUGACGCCACACUCUUGAUCUUGCAAUAAUAUAGCAAUCCGGCUUUGGAGCAUUGGAGACGUCAUCAAAUCAAAUCAACUCAAUAAUCAAGUUCCCUUUCACUGUUUCAAUUUCCUUGAAGCACCCUCUCACGGGAACCUAGAGAUCUAAUAUCACCGCAAUCACCAUUGCUUGACGAAUCCAUCAGGCGUAUAUUUAUUUCCUUGCCUAACUAACAUCGUCGUGUGGACGGAGGCUUGAUCACACAUCUUCAACAUGGGCUUAGGCACAAGAUCAAUUAUUUUUAUCCUGGCGAUUCUACUUGUGCUGCUUCCCUCGCAAGUGCAUGCCUUCGGAGCUGGAAAUAUCGCUUCUAUAUCUGUGGUUGAAGGCAAAAAUUGGCGCCAUGGAGAUAUCCAGGAUAUCGUGAAAACCCUUGCGUUCAUCAAGGGACAUAAAUGGACAGGCAUUAUGAUGAAGCGUCUAUAUUUUGGAAAUUGGUUGAGAGAUUACUCGCAAGCUAUAGACGUGGGCACAGUAUCGAAAAUUCAAGCAGACUCUAUCAGGGUCUUGGUUUGGAUUCUCAGUUUCAUGGCUUUCGGAUAUGCAACUGCUGAGUUUGAGGUCACAGCUGAGAGACUUGGAGUAUACAGACCGGAGGAACAUAUUGACAAUCCAAAGGGUUACUCGGAUGAUAAAGAUGCGAGGCAAUAUGACCCCCGACUUCGAGGGCCAAUUCGACCUAUCGAGCUUGAAAUCGACCCGGAAACCGGUAUGAAGAACUACAUUGCCAACGAGCGCGGCGAUUGGGCAACCAGCGCCGGGUACGUGAGGUAUAGUAUUGCGCGAAGCAUACAUUUUGGAAGGCUCUACCUCGGCGGUGGGCGUCAUGAGAAAGGCCGCGAAGAACAUUUGAGCGAGGCUCUCAGGUGUCUCGGUCAAGCUCUCCAUACUCUGGAAGACUUCUCGGCACACAGCAAUUACUGCGAAUUGGUAUUACGAGAAAUGAACUAUCAUAAUGUUUUCCCUCAUGUCGGGGUGGCCACCCAGAUGAACAUCCAAGGGAAAUACAUAUUCCCUAUCGUCACUGGCACAUUUGGCAUGACGGAUUUCUUUCACAGUUUGCUCGGGGGUGCCUCAGAUAAUCUUGCUCAGAGUGAAAUCAAUGAAAUGGACAAUACACUUGGCAGUGCACAGACGGGUUCUGGUUCCUCGGGAGCCUUGAGUGCUCUCACCAGUCUGCUUUCUAAAGUUCCCGGAAUGAAGGGUUUAAUCGAAGAAGCGGAAGCCUUAAAGCGAAAAUCGGAGGCUCAGGCGCAGGCAAACCAACACCGUGGCCUAGAUGAUUAUGCCGCCUCAAGGAGCCAUUUUGAUCCCCACGGAAAUCAAGGUUUAAACCAGCACAGCGCGUAUAACCAGCCGCGGGCGUCCACACCUGCAGAUAUUAACCCUCAGGAAACGAUUUCUCAAAUCUACCCGAUUUUGGAGUUUAGAGACAGGGUGGCUAAAAGGCUGUCCGCUGCAUUCGAGAAAAUCCCCGGGCUUGCUUCGCUAAUGGAGAAAAUCAGCGAAACGCUCUCGAUAUUUAUCUUCUCCCUCUUAGCGCCGUUUAUUCGACCCGUGAUAAAGAUAGCGUCGUCAAAACUACAGCUUGGUGCAGAUGAGUUGAAAGCCUCAGAAGCUCAGGCUCAAUUUGAACCCUGGACAAACCCGGCCUGCACAGAUCCAACCCACUCGUUCCUCUCCAAAGACCAUUUCAGCAAUAUCCUCAACGAUCCGGCUGGACGAGUAGCGUCAGCGGUGGUGAAAUUCGUCGUCCCUCGUGUUAUAUAUGCAUUCCAACACGUUGAUGUCCCAGUUGAUCAGGUGCUGGACGAUUGCGUCUCUGUUCUUCACCACCCCGCGCUUCGACGGUCUGACAACGAAGCACACCAGGAAAUGUUUGCGGAAGUCGAACGGUGGGCUCGCGAAAAGGCACGUAAGGGGAUAGAUUUGAACGAUAUUCUUAGUGCAGAUGGUGUUAAGGCUGGGAAGAAUCACGUUGGGGGUGACCCUCACGCUCACACACAUGGCAAUAGUAACACGCACGCACAUGUCCCACCGCCUAGCCAACACCAGUCAUAUGGAUAUGCUCCCUCUCACAGCCACAAUCAUAGCCAAGGUGGUCAACAGCACGGCUACUGGGACCAUAACCAACCGCAGCAUCAAUCCCACGAUCAGGCAAGUGGUCAAUCUCCCAGCGGCUUCCCGAGCAUUCCCAACCUUCCAAACCUUUCUAGUAUCCCUGGUCUGUCUCACUUUGUAGGCGGUUCCAGCGGCUCAACCAAGCCACCAUCCUCCUCUUCCUCACUACCAUGGAAUCAGUUAUCCAACCUCCCCAUCCCAGGAAUGUCCAAUCUCAACAAAUUGAGCAAACUAUCGGGCUUCCUAGGCGGUGGCGGUGGUGGCUUGACACGUGAAUUGCCAGAGGACCAGGGUCAUAGCCAGACACGGGCGCUGCCGGCUGAAGAGAUCGGAUCAGGCUCUCGAGGCCAAUCCCAACCAUAUCCACCAUACCAGGAGCAACCGGGUGCCUAUCAACAACAACAGCAGCAGCAGGGCCUAUAUGAUGAUCCUGGAUACACGUUGCCUCCACCAUCUGGCUAUGAGAGUUAUCGCCAACAUGUAAAUACUAGCGAAUACCAACCUCCCACGCAGGGAGCGCAUACGUAUGACUAUUACCAGGCCCCACCUGGUGGAUAUGAUGGUUCACGACGCUAUUAAGGACUGGCUGGCUCUCUUGCUGGUUACUGGGCACGAAAGGGAAAAAGAAAAAAAAAGGUAAUGAAUGAUGUAUUGAAUCAUGUUCAUAACGGUAGACGGGUAUCGGAUUGACAUUUUGGAUCUUCCUUGUCGAUAACCGGGGGCUUUAUAAAAAUAGUUGAUAUAUGUAUGAGGGGCUGUAGAAUGUCACGCAAUAAUAUGAUAGAAAGUUGUUCGUCCCGUCAAUAGUGAAGUUUGUUAAAAGUAAUUUGAUAUUGGAAUUUUUCUCCGCACA